CCACACAUUCACCAUGCACCCCCUUUUGUGUACUCUUGAGUACUGGCUAGUGAAGCACCCAAAAAUCCUCAACUUCACAUGGAGUCAAGGAGAAACCCCAGGUUCCUCCCUAAACUUCCUCACACUCACAAUCCUCUCCUACCUCUCCCUCACUUACCUCCUCUCUCACCACCACAUCCCCUCCAUUGGACCCCACAUUCUCAAGCCAAUCACAGCCGUCCACAACCUCACACUCCUCCUCUUCUCCCUCAUCAUGGCCCUUGGUUGCACACUCUCCAUCUUCUCCCACACACCAACCAUCCACCACUUCAUCUGCUUCCCUCCCCAUACCCCUCCCAGUGGGCCCCUCUUCUUCUGGGCCUACAUCUUCUACCUCUCCAAGAUCCUAGAAUACAUCGACACCCUCCUCAUCAUCCUCAGCGAGUCCAUGAUCAGACGCCUCACGUUCCUCCACGUGUACCACCACGCCAUGGUUGUGAUCAUGUGUUACCUCUGGUUGCAUACUUCGCAGUCCAUGUUUCCUCUAAUGCUGGUGACGAAUGCCUCGGUACACGUCAUCAUGUACACGUAUUACUUGCUGUGUGCACUCGGGGUGAGAGUGAGACCCAGGUGGAAGCAGUUGGUGACGGACUGUCAGAUCCUGCAGUUCUUUUCGAGCAUUGGAAUUAUGAGUUUGGUUUUCUAUUACCAUUUUAAUGGCGGAUCUGGUGGGUGUUCUGGGAUCUGGGGUUGGUGCUUUAGUUCUGUUUUCAUUACUUCUCUUUUGGUUCUCUUCAUUGAUUUUUACUCCAAGAACUAUAGUAUUAGUAGUGCCAAGACUAAGGUGGCAUAGUUGGUUGAUUAAUUAGGUAUUAAAUUAAAUUAAUACCCUAAUCAUGUACUCUGGUUUUUACUUUUUAUUUUUAAAUGUAUCAGUAUUGAUUAAUUCAAUGGAUUAUUGGUCAUAUUUUGGCAUGAAAAUAGAGUGUGAGAACAUUUUGUAUUAAUUAUAUUGGGACCGCAGUC